UAAUGUUAUGAAGUAUCUUGCUAUCCCAUAUAUUUGGAGAAAUCUGAACCUCUCAAAAGAUCAAAAACCAUGGCAGUGAGUCUAUCUCCUACCCAAGUCUCAGCAAAACACUCCUACACCACCACCAUCACCAUCACCACCCAAAAUAAUCGAACUUUCCAUCAAAUUUACAACAAUUCUAUAAACCCCAGAAAACACAGAAUACACCCAACUUCAAAUCAUUCAAAUGGAAGAACCAAUUUCUCAGUAAUUCGAGCAUAUAUUGAAAACACCAACCCAAUUUCUAGCUUUGCAAACAAAGUUAUUGGUUCAUUACCCAUUGUUGGUCUCAUUGCUAGAAUUGUUAAUGAUGAAGGUGGUCUUGCUGGGGAUAUCAUUGAUUUUGCUGAAUUUCGAAGAAGAGUUGGUAAUAAGUGUUCUGUUAAUGAUUCUAGAGCUUUCUAUGAGUUCCAAGAACGUCGCGGCAGGACAGGGGAACCAUUAUACGUUCUACUGUGCUGUUGGUUAGCAGCAAUUGGUGCAGGUCUACUUAAAUCUGAAGAAAUUCUGGAGGGAGUUGCACGCCUUCGUCUUUCGAAUGAUAUUGAGUUUGAAGAGCAGACUUUUAUUGAUAAGAUGACUGAAGCAAAAGAGAGAAGAGCUAAACUGAAUGCUGCAGCUCCUACAAUCCCAAUGGAAUUAAGAGCUGAAAAAGCGCUUGAUGCUAUAUAUGUUUGUUGCUUUGGGAAGGACUUGAUAGAAGAAGAAGAUGAAAGGUUAUUAAUUACUAUUCUUAGAGCUGUCUUUCCCAGUGUUCAACAACCGGAGAUUGAAAGAAUUGUCAAAGAUAAAGCCAGAAAAGUAGCCGAAGGUGGUGAAGAGGGAGAAUUUCCUGAAGAACCUAAACCGUUGUCCAAAGAAGCUAUACAAUUACAGAUGAAGGAUCUCCAAUUCCUGAAGCAGAACAGCAACGAAGGCACUUGAACAGAACAAUAUUCAGAAUCCUAUAGCCUGUUUGAUUCUUUGGCACAGAUGAAACAUAGGGUAUUGAGUAUUGACUGCUCGGCUGAGAAACGUAUGGAAGAUAUGAACUUGUAUAGAUUCGCGGACAGGGUCAACUGCAUUACUAGAAUAAAGGUGUGAUACUGAUACAUGAUCAAUAUACACUCCUGUUAUAGUUUAAAGUUCAAGAACUCAAGUCCUUAAAUUAGUCCCCUUUACGCAAGGUGUUGUCAAAAAAGUUUGAAACGAGCUCACGAGCAUGAGAUUACUGGGAUGUUGGAUAAAUUUGAAGGUUAUAAUUGGAUAAUACAGAAGGGUUUUAUGCAACCAAAAAUGUAAUGGAUAUAUCAAGAUGUAAGAAGUGUUUGAUGAUAAAAUAUUGAGGUAUAUUUAUCCGAAGUA